GGCCGGGCGCCAAGUGAGCUGUCAUGGCCCGGCUGUGUCAGUUACUGCUGACUUUUGAAGAUGUUGCCAUCUAUUUCUCGGAAAAAGAAUGGGAAGACCUACAAGAGUGGCAAAAGGAGCUUUACAAGGAUGUCAUGAGAAGCAACUAUGAAACUCUUGUUUCUCUAGGUGGUGGACUUCCCAAGCCAAAGCUCAUAUCCUGCUUGGAACAGGGAAAAGCAUUUCUUGGGCACUGGGGAAGAUCUGAGAGACCACGGAACUUAAUUGGUUCCUCAUCUGCUAUGCAUUUGGAUCUGGUUAAUGAUGAACCACUGAUGUUGGGAAUCCUGAAAGCUGUCCGCGCAGGUCACACCCCACACCCUGGCCCCAAGGAUCCCCAGCAGGCCUCUGACCCCUUUUUCAGAGACAGGGACGAAGCUUCCUUUCCUGCUGGCAGUGGCGAUGUCACUGACAGUCCACUGCUUCGGGUCUGUGGCCUCGAGAGCCAUACCCAAAGCGAGAGACUUCCUAGCUUCCAGGACACUGGCUGCUGGGAGGGUACCUUGCACUCGGAUACUCACCGCAAAAAAACUUUCUGGAACAAUCUCCAGAGGAGUCACCAGCCACACAGUGCCCAGAGAAGCCUCAGUAAAGCAGAAGAUGCUCCACUGUCCUGGCCCCGGUGCUCCGCUCGGGGACAGACACCUUUUCAGUGCCCAACGUGCGGAUGUGGCUUCCUCCUGCGGGUGCGCUGGCAAUGCCCGGCAUGUAAGACGCACUUUCACUGCAAGGACGCCCGUCUUGGCCAUGAUCGCCGCCACCCACGAGGGGCUAGGGGCCUUCUCCCCAGGACCUGCACACUGCCUCAGCCCGGCGGAUCCCCCUGGAAAGAACAGGCCGGGGGUCCCAGCGCACCCACCAAGGAGAAGCCGAACCCUAGCCCCACUGGGCCCAGAAAACGGGAUCCCCAAAGGCCCUUCGCAUGCCUCCACUGCCGAGAGCGCUUCCCCGCGUGGUCUGAGCUGGCCAGGCACCUCCAGGGACACACGGGGGAGAAGCAUGGUGGCCAGGCGACGGCCUUGCUGCCAGGCCCGGAGCGGCGCUUCCAGUGCGGCGAGUGUGGCCGCGGCUUCAAGCACCAGUGUCAGCUACGGGAACACCUGCGGGUGCACAGCGGCGAGCGGCCUUUCGGGUGCCCCCUGUGCGCCAAGAGUUUCCGCUUGAAGGGGGUCCUGAAGGCACACGAGCGCACGCACAGCCGCGAGCGGCCCUUCGCCUGCGCGCAGUGCGGCCGGGGCUUCGCGCGUCGGGCCCGGCUCACCGAGCACCUGCGGGUGCACAGCGGCGAGCGGCCCUUCCCGUGCCCGGACUGCGAGCGCCGGUUCCGCCUCAAGGCGCAGCUGCUCAGCCACCGGCGCCUGCACACGGGCGAGCGGCCCUUCGGCUGCCCCGACUGCGGGCGCACUUACCGCGCCCGGGCCGACCUGCGCGCCCACCAGCUGCGCCACCGCCGCCCGCCGCCCUUCGCCUGCGCCUGCGGCAAGGCCUUCGCCAAGCGGUGCAAGCUCGCCGAGCACCAGCGCACGCACACGGGGGAGAAGCCCUUCCCGUGCCCCGACUGCGACAAGCGCUUCCGUCUCAAGGCGCAGCUGCUCAGCCACCGGCGCCUGCACACCGGGACGCGACCCUUCCACUGCCCCGACUGCGACAAGGACUUCCGCGAGCGCGGCCACCUGCGGCGGCACCAGCGCAUCCACCGGCCCGAGCGGCCCUUCGCCUGCGGGGACUGCGGCAAGGGCUUUCUUUACCCGUCCAAGUUGGCCGAGCACGCGCGGGUGCACGCCAAGGCCGGCCGCGCCGCCCCCGACAAAGAGGCCCAGAGGAGGCUCCGCCAGCUCUUUGCCAUGAUCGAGGCUGAUUGGAGCUGA